CCCACCUCCUGUCCUGACGCCUCUUCUGAGAAGCCCCGUGAAAAUUCACAGGGUGCAAAACCUACAGUCAGAGCUCUUUAGUGGGGAUGGUUAAGCCCGCUCAGGCCUGGCGCUGAAACAUUCAAAGCAGACUUUCAACGUGGCCUGGGAGGUCGCCUGGGACUGGCCUUUCACAGGACUCCAGCCCCGUGGUUCUUAACCGGGGGUGGUUUUGACCCCCUAGAGGCCAUUUGGCAAUGUCUGCAGACGUUUUUAGCUUGCAGAACUGGAGGGGGAGGGCAUGUUCCUGGCAUCCAGUGAGUCAGCAUCCUACAGGGCACAGGGAAGCCCCACAAGGAAGAAUGAUCCAGCCCCACACGUCAUGGUGUCUGGCCGAGGCUGGGAAACCCUGCUCUGGGCCUGCGUGGAGGCUGCAAACUGGCUUUGUGUGGCCUGCAUGUUAAUUUUUACUUCAUGUUUUUGGUUGGCUGUCCUCGCUGACUCCCUGUCCUCCGGUGGCCCUGGUGCAUCUCCCUUUUAUGAUGGUCUGCCUGCACCCUGUGGACAUUUCAGUCUGUAACCUGAGGUCGGGGGGUUAAAUUUAGUCCCACUCCUGCCCGUUCCUUGGCAGCUCAUUGGGGCCUGAUGUUUCCGAGCCUGAGACGCUCUUUUCCGGGUCCUUGGGACUUGUCUGCCUGAGCCCCAGCAGCAAAGCCAUGCUGCGCUACGCCCGGGGCCUGCGGUCUCCCAGCCGCCCGGUGUUUGGCUCCGGGGUGGAGCAUGGGGUUUCCAGCCAGGCGGUGGUGGGGCAGAGAGUGCCCAGGACUCGGACUUACAAGUGUGGGGGUUUGAGUGAUGCUUCCCGGCCCUGCUGUCUGAUGCAGUUCGUUUCUGUGUCCGGGUUUGCUUCUUCGUCCCUAAAAUGUGGUGUCGGCUGCACGGGAUGCGGGGAGCAUCCGGGAGGAGGAUGAAAGCGGAGCAGGCAACACUGCAGGGACUAGACGUGCGGCUUGCAGAGUCACUCAGAUCGGGGGUAAAUCGGAGCUCUGCCCUGAGUGUCACCAGUCCUGUCUAACGUGGGCUGUAGGGGCCACAGCAGCGACCGAGCACUGGCAGCAACAAGGCCCCAGAGACACUGUCCUUGCCGCGGCUAGACCUGGCCUCCUGCCUUGCUCGCUCGCCAUUUUCUCUAUUUUGGGAGGAACGAGGGAUUUAAAAUGCACAAAAUAGUUGCAUAUUCUUCCCAGAUCUCGAAGUAGGAUUAUGGCAAGAUAACCAAGCCGUACUUGUAAAGCAUUUUGUUUUGUUAUAAAUACAGCUGCAAACUGCUGAGGCUUCAGGAAACUGCCAGCGCCUCCGAAGGCUAGGUCAGAGGAGCAGACAAAAAUGAAACAGAAGAAAAUAACAUUGUAGAAAAACACAGAAGCUAUUUAAAAAGAGGACAAAGAGUGGCAUUCCUCUUCAAAAAGGCCCUGGUGUGGGGCGGGGUGGGGUCCACUGUGUCAUUCGAUGCACUGGAAUGUUCCCACGCGUUCCCACACAUGCCUUUCGCUUUCAGAUUCUGCUGGGUAGGAAUCUUCCGCGGGACUGAGAUCUGGCUCCUGGCUGUGCCGGAACACCAUGGAGGCGCUGCCAGCCUGCCAGCUCCGGGACGCGGCGCAGGAGGCCCUGGGCGUGGCUGUCAUUGGCAUCGAUGAAGGGCAGUUUUUCUUGCAGCUACCACGUGUUGAUGGGAAGUUCUGCCGUUCUUGCACUCGUGACUUCAUUUCUGCGGGAAGAAGGAAGCCACGAUCACUUCAGCUGUCUCCCCAUCUCUCCCCAAGGCCUUCUGUGGGAUCUCCCAAGUUCCCCGACAUCGUGGAGUUCAGCGAGGCCAUGGCCAACGCCGGGAAGACCGUGAUUGUGGCCGCACUGGAUGGGACUUUCCAGAGGAAGGCUUUCGGGGCCAUCCUGAACCUGGUGCCCCUGGCCGAGAGCGUGGUGAAGCUGACGGCGGUGUGCAUGGAGUGCUUCCGCGAGGCCGCCUACACCAAGAGGCUGGGCACGGAGAAAGAGGUCGAAGUGAUCGGAGGAGCAGACAAGUACCACUCUGUGUGCCGCCUCUGCUACUUCAAGAAGCCCUUGGGCCAGCCUGCCGGGCUGGACAGCACAGAGAACAAGGAGAACUUCCCGGUGCUGGGGAAGCCGGGGGAGGCCACGGGCGCCCGGAAGCUGUUCGCCCCUCAUCAGAUCCUGCAGUGCAGCACGGCCAACUGAGGCCUCGGCGCCCAGGGACCGGCCACCUGCUCCCUUUCCUGCUGCCGCCCCUUGGCGGAUGGCUGCGUGCACGGGCUGCGCGGCCUUUUCAGAGGAGGAAGUCCUGGAGGACGUGAGGUUUCACUAGCAUGUGGAACUCUGUGCGUCUGUAGGCCCUUUCCCCUCCUUUCCUGCCCACUGGCCUUUCCUAGUUCCCUUCCCGGCUGCUGGUCUGCUCACGGUCCACUCUGGGCCAGAGCAGACCUUGCGCUGUGGCUCAGGGUCUGGCCACAGCAGACGUCCCCUCCCUCUCAUUUGAGGCGAGGGGUAGAGCCACACGCUGUUGUGACAGUGGUGCUGCUGGCUUCUUCCCCUUUUGUGGCUUUCACUGCUGAGUUUCUGUUCUCAGUGGGAAGUCCGUGCGGAGCACCUCUGGCUCAGCACCGAGCCUCGUCCCACGCAAAGGCACACUGUCCUCCGCUGGGACAGGGUCCCAGCCCCUGAGGAUGGCUGGACUUGGGUCCUCUGGCUUCCCUUUGGGCUGGAAGUCCUUCCUACACUCGCUGAUCAUUUUCUUCAGAAUUACAGCUUGCCUUUUAAAGUGGGGGUGGGGGGAGCGGGGUCUGUGAUCUUUUAUUGUGGUAUGUGAAAUAAAUAACUAAUAUUAAAAUGCA